UCAGCUAGCUUUGCGUAAUAAUCCGAGAUAAAAGCGAGAGCAAGAUGGAACACAAAAGACUUAUGGUUUUCUUCUUUUUCCAGACAAGACUGAUGAUGGGAACUAGUUCGAGUGUGAAAAAUCACGCAGUCAGUCAAGAGAUGAGGAAACUUCCUGCUUCAUCAAACCACGCUCUCUCUGACUGUGUCAGUGAUGGUGAAUACAGCGUAAAUGGGACCCAUUAAGGGAAAGAGGUAGAAAAUACUGUGACGACACAACGACGACUUAAAGACUGAAAGAAGGCACCAGGAAUUCACCAGAAGAUGAUUAUGUAUUUGUACGGAGAUUGGUUAAUUUACUUAAGGAUUGAGUUUUGAUGUUGGACAGACGGAAAUCUUGACAUGGAGAAAGCACGGAGCAGCAGGAAAGAAGAGAUGCAAAGAAGCUUACAUAUUUUUGUGUGCAUUUGUACAUAAGCAACGGGGUGACUGUUUUAAUCAGCAGUUGGACCAUGAUGUACAAACCUGGAAUGCGAUUACAGAAUUCCAAGAACAAGAACAUGGAUUGAGUUUUAUGAAUUGAAAGACGUUUGGUCACGUACACAUUUACCUGGCCGAAUCACAAAUAAAUUUCCGUACACCCAAAAACAAGCUACGGACACACAUACAUCCGUACAUAUUUCUGAUACGAAUGAAGUAGAGCGAGGCUCCUCAACCUACGCAAACAGACUUAUGUAACGUGACACGUUUAUUUACAGAUCGCCAAGCAUUGUUGGAAAUGCCAAUUAUCGGCCUAAUCCAAACCACUGCUCGCAUACAACAGUAAAAGAGAAUCAAAAGGUAAAAAAGCGGAAGAGACCCCAUUAUUUCUUAUAUAAGGAUAUAUUCACCAAAAUGGGAUGAAUGGUGCGGUGUAGUCCCUUAAUUCGAGUACUUUUGUAUGUAUGUAUCAUGUAUUUUUCACCAUGUGGGCGCAUACAUAUUGGUCAGUGCAAAGCAAUGUUUUAUUUACGCGUGUCGGAUAUUAUUAGUUAUCAACGAUUCAGAGAAAUGAAUGAGGUCCUUUCACUUGGAUAAGUUAUUACAUAAAUUCUACUUCCAGAUCAGAGGGCUCGACACACUUGUGUACUUUUACCUCACGCACACCUACUGAUUAGACUAAAAACAUGAAAUUCAAGGGAUUUAUUGCAGGACAAACGCUAAUACCAGGAAAUGACUGGGACUCUUUAUUUCCGAAUUUCUCCUCAAAAUUCAUCCCACCUCCUCCUUUUCCGUGUCAGAGAAAUGACCAAAUUCUCUGAUUCGAUGGAGAGAAGCCAAAACCAGCCCCGAGAAAGGGAGCACCACAUCCUCCCAGAAGCAGGCAGCCUAGUCGUCAUCAUCGUCAUUGUUAACAUCACACGUAUACCAUGAACCAACCAACUCGGCAAAGUUUCGAAGUGCUCAAGCCAAGUAGUCCUCCAGCCCACGUUGUACGUACGUUGCUUGCUGCUGAGUUUGUUGGUAGAAAGUUGGUGUAAGCUCCCUUUUCACCACCACCAGAUAUAAAAGCAACUUGUGUCUCACUUUCCAACUUAGUUUCACUUUAACUCUCCCUUUUACUUCCUCCAUGAAAAGGAUCUUGUUCGUAAAAAAUUUAGCAUAGAAUUUCAGCUUUUAAGAAUUCUUUGGUACUAUCUAAGAGUGCAGUGUUUUAAUUAAAGAUUAACUAAUUGUUGGGAAUUGGCGUGCAACUUAAGCAAGCAAAAUUCGUUGUCAAAUGGGUACAGGUGACCGAUUACUGGAUAUUCCAUGCAAGGUUUGUGGCGACAGGAGUAGUGGAAAACAUUAUGGAAUCUACUCUUGCGAUGGUUGCUCUGGAUUCUUUAAACGGAGCAUCCACCGAAACAGGCAGUACACUUGCAAGGCUCAAGGAGACCUCAAGGGACGAUGUCCGAUUGAUAAAACACACAGAAAUCAGUGUAGAGCCUGCCGAUUAAGGAAGUGCUUCGAGUCAUCCAUGAACAAAGAUGCCGUGCAACAUGAACGCGGACCACGGAAGCCGAAACCUCCGAAAGACCUCUUGUCCUCCCUGCACGGUCAUGGGCACCACCAUCAACACCACCACACCCACCAGCACCACAACCAUCAUCACGGUCAAGGAAAUAAUCACGGAGGAUCUGGCGGCGGAAAUGCUGGAGGCUUGACGCUCACCCAAAUUCCAUCCAGCAAUGGAAGAACACCUUCUUUGACCUUGUUAAGCCCAUUGGAAAGAGGAUGCGGCGGGGGUCUCUCUACGGUGACUUCGAAUGCUCCAUUUUCACUUCGGACUGGGAAUUUAAACGGGGGUGUAGUUUCCACAGGUUCAUCCUCUGGGUCUAACUCCAACUCCACCUCGAGUAACUCGACCACCCCGGGAAGUGGUCGUGGGGGGAAUAACACGACGACCUCAUCGCCCAUGGUGGGUGGCGGUGUGAGUAAUGUGAUAAGUCUGCUUCCUUCUUCUUCCUCUUCUUCAGCUGCUGCAGCUCAUCAUCUCAGUAAUUUGCAUGCCACGGCGCAACACAUUUUCGCCCAACAUGCCGCCGCCGCUGCGGCUGCUGCGGCCGCGAGUGGGGGUGGUCUUGAGGGUCACAAUGCUUUCAAUCCUGCCGCUGCGACCCCUUUCUUUGUUCACCACUCGGCUGGACUCUUGCAAAUUCUCAUGGCUGCUGAAAGAUGCCAAGAAUUCGUGUGGGGACCCAGGACCCCAGAGGCGUUAACGGCCAAUGAGCGUCUUGUUAAUCCCUCCUCAUUAAUAAGUUGGAGUCCGACGUGGGAAACGGUGCAGGAGACAUCGGCGAGACUAUUAUUCAUGGCGGUGCGAUGGGUGAAAUGUCUCGGCCCGUUCCAAACACUGUCGAAACGAGAUCAACUGCUCUUAUUAAGUGAAUCAUGGAAAGAAUUGUUCCUCCUUCAUUUGGCUCAGUGGUCAAUCCCUCUGGAUCUCCCGGCACUACUUGGCUCGCCCAAAGCACAAGAUCGUUUCCCCAAAGAUCCCAUGAUUCUGCAAGACAUCAAAAACAUACAGGAGAUCAUGGGAAGAUUUAGACAACUUUCACCGGACGUGAGUGAAUGUGGGUGCAUGAAAGCAAUCAUUUUAUUGAAGCCAGAAACACCAGGACUUCUUGACCUCCAACCAGUCGAAAUGCUCCAAGACCAAGCACAAUGCAUUCUCAAUGAUUAUAUUCGAGGGCGCUAUGCCCGUCAACCUACUCGAUUUGGAAGGAUGCUUCUGCUGGUACCCAGUUUACGGGCAGUUCGACAACACACGGUGGAAAGCUUAUUUUUUAAAGAUACCAUUGGAGAAAUCCCAAUGCAACGGUUACUCAUAGAUAUGUACAGUAUGGAUAAGUUUACCUAGUAGUUCAGUACAGGCGUACUUAGGUAACCCUAAUUAUAUAAUAAUAGCUUGAUACCCGCAUGUGUGUAUUUAAUAAUUACGACAUUCAUUUAAUAUGCAUUUCACUGAUCGCCAUCAAAAAAUCUUAAAU